AUGGACAUAAACAGACACAUACUUCUCACUGUAUGUCAAGUGCUACUUGUGGUCGGUAGUGUUGCAGAAUCUGACCUAGAGUCUCUCCUCCCUCAACUGAAUAAAUACCUAGAUGGCCAACCUAAUGUCAACCUCACAGAGUUUACAAACCAAGCCAAGCGACAGACAAGUCUCGUGUUCUAUGCAGAACCAAAGAGUGUUAAGCAGAUCCAACAACUUGUAAAUGCCGCUAAUAAGUUUGGUCUGCAAAUAAGAGCUGUGGGAGCAAGCCAUUCAGUGUCACCUUUAUAUCCUAACACAGGAGCUAUAGCUGUGAACCUCUUCAAUUUAGAGGGGAAAAAAUUCAGCGGGAAUAAGGAGCGUACAAGAGCCUCGGUUCUUGCAUCGGCAACUGCACUGGAGUUCUAUAGGUUUAACAAGGCAAACCGUGUCACAGUACCCAGUGUUCCUGUCAUAGGAACUUCUAGUUUCCAAGGAAUGAUAGGGACCGCGUCACAUGGAGCUGCCCCCACUGAGGCUUCCCCAGCUAGCAGGGUUGUUGCAAUAGAUUUGGUUGAUGGCAAUGGUGACAUCAGACACUUUGAUGAGGAAACGGAGCCUGAUGUUCUGAGGGCAUGUAGGGCACAUUUGGGAUUGUGUGGCAUCGUAUACAACACAACAGUCAAGAUUGUACCUGAUAAAGUUGUGAAGUUCGCACACUCCCGUAUACCAGUGGAUGCCAUUCUGUACAACAAAGAGAACAGGAGAGCCUUCAUACAUAGCCACUUCGCUAUCAACAUUGUGUGGGUUAGCUACAAUGGUGCAACAGCGCAACAACGCAGAUACACAGAAAAUGAUGGACUCCGCAGGGCACAUGAGACUUGGACUGCUAAACAGGACAUGUUAGACGUCUGGACUGCUUCAAAAGUUAACAAAUCUGAUGAAUAUAAUCUAAAUGGGGAUAUUCAACAUGAUAACACCAUGUACCAUAGUAACUACAGCUAUAUGACAUUGUCAGAUUCGCUAUUGUUUGAACCAUGGGGUGAAGACAAAUGCACAAAGAUAAGUGGUUUCACUUGUUUUGCUACACCCGAGACUGAUGAUUUUACUGGAAGCUCUAAGACACUUGAGAACUUCGUCCAAAUUGUUGAAAAAGGGCUUAAAAACAUUGGCAUUUUUAACCUGUCACCCUUUGCCUACUUUAGAUGGCAGACACACAAUUCAAACUGUCCCCUCUGUCACACUAAGGUGGCGGGAGAAAAUGGCAGGGCACUCAUACCAGAGCUGGUAUUUCGCUAUAACGACUGUCUUCAUCCUAGGCACGCUGAUGAUGAAAUAAGUGCACUUCAAAACUUUGAAACACUGUUGACAGAUGGAAUGCUCCAAAACGCGACACACAUCGCACCACAUUGGGCCAAGUACGACAUUCACACUCCUAAUGUGCCUGACCUCAUCCGUGAAGUCUUCAAGAAUGAGCUCAGUGAAUUUAUAGCAACCCGUAAUAUGCACAAACUGGACACUGGAAAUAUAUUUAUGAAUGAUCAUCUCAGAGAUAUAUUUAGGAAUGAGAAACUAGUAACUGGAAAUAGUGUGUCAACUAUCCAUACUUUCAACAUGUUUACAUGUUUAACAAUUGUAUUAGGUGUCUUAAAAGCAUAA